CGUCCGUCGCUUCGUUUCCCUCGAAAAAGCCUGAAGUGCAUGCUACCAUAGAUUGACAGCGGAUCUGCACGCCUCGCGGACACACGGCGGAGGAUGUUGGAUCGCGACACGGCGAUACAUCUCGUCGCCGGAGGAGUGGCUGGUACGGCAGGAGCAAUAGUUACUUGUCCACUUGAAGUAGUAAAGACCCGAUUGCAGUCGUCGUCUUCCGGUUUUCAUCCGCCUCCAGUAAGCAAGGAAUUUACAUCUGGUCAUCCAACAUGCAAAGGUUCUCCAACGCCCGAACAACGUAGGAGGCUAUGUACCGGAUAUCAUAGGUAUUCCAGUCACUUCGUAUCUCUUUCACAUUUCGGUGUCUCGACCUCACCUCCAGAUUCUUCUCGGCAUGCGCCGGGAAUCUAUCAAUGCUUAAGAUACAUCAUCAAAAAUGAGGGUGCACGAGGACUAUUUAAAGGUCUUGGUCCGAAUCUCAUUGGCGUGGCACCCUCCAGAGCUAUCUAUUUUUGUGCGUACUCCAAGAGCAAGGUCAUGUUUAAUGCGAUUCUACCUCCCGACACUCCAAUCGUCCAUGUUUUCUCCGCGUCCUGCGCUGGUUUCACUGCGUGUACGUUGACAAAUCCGAUUUGGUUUAUAAAAACUAGAUUGCAGCUGGACCACCGAUCGCAAAAAGUCUCAGCGAUAGAAUGCAUGCGGAGGAUAUAUCGACAAUCGGGUAUCCUGGGAUUCUACAAAGGUAUCGUGGCAUCCUAUGUAGGCAUAAGUGAGACUGUGAUACACUUUGUGAUAUACGAAGCUGUGAAGGCGUGGCUAGCUACACAUAGGUCGCGAGCUUCUCAAACAGAUGAUAGGAAGACGUUCCGCGAUUUCAUUGAAUUUAUGGUGGCAGGCUCAUUUUCAAAAACGAUAGCGUCAACUGUUGCCUAUCCUCACGAAGUUGCUAGGACCCGAUUAAGGGAAGAAGGCACCAAAUAUCGCACAUUUUGGCAAACCUUGAACACUGUGUGGGUGGAAGAGGGCACAAAAGGUCUCUAUCGAGGCCUUGGUACUCAACUGAUCCGACAGAUUCCAAACACCGCUAUUAUAAUGGCAACAUAUGAGGCGGUAGUAUACGUUCUGACCCGACACUUCCGGCCAGUUACGGUAACAACAUCCAGUACCGAUGUGACGUCGGAAUUCUACAACGAAGCUAAAGCGAAGAGAGAGCUGGCCUAGGACUUGCUUACGGCUCCUGAGUAAAGAGCCAUCAAUCACUUCUUCUCCAGUAGGUGAAUACUGCACAUACUCGGGGCAGCAUUCUAAGAUCUAAUUGCACGUCUAGACGCAUCGAGAACAGUUGGAUAUGCGUUUGAUGCCCUUAAUCACUGCUCCAGGGGUACUCAAAAAGGUACCAGCUCUUUGGUCGCACUGUACUCUAAAAGUAUAGCAAAAAGUAGCCCUUCCUCCUUUCAGAUAGCAUGUACAUAUCCAGACACGGGCCCGCUGCAGGGAGAAAAAGAGAGAGGGGUAAGGGAAAGAAAAGAGAAAUUAAGGAAAGCAGAUUUUUUUAGCAUCGAAUAGAUGAUGGCUGAGACUUCGCUUUUUGUUCACGAAAAUAUAAACAUGCGUGAAUACCACGAAAAAUGAGCUUGUGUUACAUAUUAAGGUUUACUGGAGGCAAGAUUAUUCUCUACUCCAGAAAUAAAACUCACUUCGAAUCCAAAGUGUGAGGCUCAUUGUGUAAGAGUCACUAUAAACUUUAGGUCUCUGAUCUAAGGAUUCUGAUUCUGAUAUUUUUUUUCCAUGAUUUGCAGUUUUCCUUGCAUCUCGCUUCUUUUCUCAUUUUUUUUGUUUAUAAGAAAAAAAAUUAAAAUUAAAAACAAAAGAUACAAAAUUAGACUUUGAAAUUAAUAUUUGUAUUGUACAAUGCUCGGUGAGAGAGCAGCAAAUGUAUAGCAAAUAUAUAGCGACUUCUAAGUUUAUAACAGUUUUGAUUUUUCAGUUGCUUGAAGUGAAAUAUUUUUACUAGAAAUUGAUUAAACUUGCUCUAAUUGUAAAUAAAAUAUUGUAAGUUCAUUUUUCUUAAAAAUUCCGGCACUUUUAUCUCAGAGAGCAUAAUGUUCAAAAUCAAGGCAUACAACAUCUUAAAGAUAUCUUAAUCAUAUUUUUAAAGUGUCCGAAAGACGUCUUAUGCCCCGAUUUU